AUGUCCGCGCGCACACUCUCCCUCCUGCCCACCGCCGCACGCCCGGCGAGUGUGGUCGCUGCGAGACGGGCCUUUAUGCAGAGCACUCGGCUCGGCCUAAAAGAGAGCAAUUCGCAAGACCCCAACCCAGACAAGUACGACAAGCACAAGCAGGACUCACUGGCCAAGCAGAGGCAGGGCACGGGACACUGGAAGCCGGAGCUGGCGUCGGACAGCGAGGAGAGUAUCAAGGCGGACCGGUCGGCGGCCAAGGAGGCGACGAGCGAGGGGUCGCUGCGCGACCUGCAGGAGCGGACUAAGAGGGCGGCCGAGGAGGCGAGCAAGCACGGUACGAGCAUGCGCGACGGUCUCUGA